UAAGAUAGAAAGAAGAAAAUAUACACAUCCCAUUUUCUUGGUGUCCGAGACAAAAAAUUGCAAAUUGGAAAAAUACCAAUAAAAUGGUUUGCCGUUUGUGUCUAAAAGCAAUUCCUAGUGAAUCUGUAAUAAAAUUAUACCAAGAUUUAAACUGUGCAACUGAAGCACUCGAAAUGGUAAAACAUAUUGAAAAGUACCUAGAUAUUGAGGUUAGGCAAGAUGAUGUUGUCUCCACAAUGAUAUGUCAGGAUUGCCAUGACCACUUGGAGGAAUUUCAUAAAUUCUAUCAAGACGUGAAAGGGAAGCAAUGUACACUUCAUAACAAUUUUCUGGAAGUUGAGCUUAAAGAAGAAAGUCAUGAUAGCCGGGAUGUCGAUGUUAAGAACAAUGACGAUAGCAACAAAGUGGAUGGUAAUGAUAAGAUUAGCAACGUUGCCAAGGAAAUCGAACAAGCAAUGUUCGAAAGUCCUAUUGAUAUCAUGAAAACCGAGGCAGAUGAUGAAAAGGAUGAGCAAGAAGUGAUAGCAACGGAUGUGCUAGAUGAUGAUGUGGAUUUGGAUAAAGAGGACGUGUUUGCGGAUGACGGUGUUGACAUUGACAGCGCCGAUUUACAAUCAUCAGAGGACGAUGUACCUUUAAUAAACUUGAAAACUAAGAAGAAAAUCACAUUAAAGCGAAAAUACACAACAAAGGGCACGCCGAAAGAACCAAAAGAACGCAAGCAACGCAGAGAACCAAGAGAACGCAAGGAACCAAAAGAACCUAAGGAACGGAAAGAACGUAAAGUGCCAAAGGAGAGAAAAGAACCAAAAGAACCCAGAAAGAAAGGCGAAAGAAAAAAGAAUCUAUCAGCGCAAGAGCUUAUAGCAACUUCAAUGGAAUUAAAAUGUGACAUUUGUCAAGUUCAAGUUAACACAUGGAAAGAAUUAAGACAACACUUUUUAUUGGCUCACACGCGUACACCUUACAUAAAAUGUUGUGAUACAGUUUAUGAAAAACAACGGCCCUUGGCCGAUCAUCUUCAAUGGCACAAAAAUCCCGAUGCAUUCAAAUGCAAAAUGUGCAAUGAGGUACUAUCUAAUUCCAGAGAUUUGACCUCUCACAUUAGCAGCCAACAUCCUGAUAAUGUCGAUAUACUUGAAAAUUAUGAGUGCGAACAUUGUUUUAAACAAUUCCGUAAUUACACAAUAUUCAAAAAUCAUUUACGUACCCACAGCAAAGACAAAGACGUUGAAUGCCAAAUAUGCAACAAAAGGUUCGUAACCAAACAACAAUUACGUCGUCACCAAACUGCCCAGCAUAAGGAUGUGCCAAUUCAUGUAUGUGAUGUUUGUGGCAAAAAUUUCAAAUGCAAAGAAUCAUUCAAACGGCACUAUCAAGAACAUCAAGGUCUGACGGAACCCCCAGUACAGUGUUCUAUAUGCAAGACAUGGCUUAAAAAUCCCAACAGUUUGCGUUUACAUCGUUUUAAACAUGAAGAUGUACCACAACCGUGUAAGAUAUGUGGCAAAGUGUUUAAGACCCGACGCAGUUUGAAAAACCAUAUAAAAUAUUUACACGAAAUGGAAAAAAAUUUACAGUGUAAUUUUUGUGAUAAAGUAUUUCGAGAAAAGCGUGGUCUGGACGAACACUUGGCCACCCAUACCGGAGCCCAGUUAUACACAUGUCCACAUUGCGGCAAAGAAUCACGUUCCAAAUCAAACAUGUAUGUCCAUAUAAAACGUCAACAUCCCAAAGAAUGGUGGAAGACGAAGAUGGAGCGACUAAAGCUAGAUCCAAAUACGGAAAAUCCCGAAUUGCGUCAGGAGAGGCAACCGGAAAAAACCUAUGAGCAGCUUCAGUUAAUGCAACAAUUUCGUAUACUAAAUUCUUUUAUGCAGUAAUUUUUAAGUUAACUUGUUUUGUUUAAUUUCAUGGUGGAAGAGAAAACUAUGCUAUUUCGAAUUGGUGCGGUAGCUCCUUGUACUUUGAAGAAAACAUAGACCGCUUGUAUAUGUAAAGAAAUCACUAUCGUUUGAAAAUAUUUAGUAUUUUAAUACAAAUGGCAUGUCCUCAAGGCACAACAGAUGGACUUCUGAAA